AUGUCGUUACCUGUAAAAGAUACGACCAACGCGCCGCGCGAAGUCGACGCGUUCGAGGACCGACGCGCGCUCUAUGACACCGCGUACGAAAACCUGGGAAGGGACGUCGGCCUCGAGAUCGCGGAGCGCAGUCACGACGGCUGCGCGAGGGUCCCCGGCGACGGAUGGUUCUACGGCGAGCUCUCGUGGGAAGGGAUGUGGGACGUCGUCGCGCUCGCGGAGCCGAAACCAGGCGACAUUUUCUUAGACUUAGGCUCCGGCCUGGGGAAGAUGGUCGUCGCGCAGUCGCUCACGAGAGAUUUCGCGGAGUGCUGGGGCGUGGAGAUCCUCCCCGAGCUCCACGACGCCGCGAUGGACGCGCCCGGGAAGCUGCGCGCGGCGAUGGGCGACGACGCGUUCGACGCUCUGCCGGAGGUGGACCUCCGACGCGGAGACAUGCUCGCCGCGGACGUCUCGGACGCGGACGUGAUAUACUGCUACGCCACGGUCUUCGCCGCGCAGGUCGUGUCGAGGCUUCAGGCGAAGCUCGCCGCGGAGAUGAAGCCCGGCGCGCGGCUCGUGAUGAUAAGCAAGCAGAUGGAGAGUCCGGAGUUCGACGCGUUCGGCGUCGGAUAUUUCAGCGUCCCGCAGGCGCACAGCAGGUGGAACAUGGACGCGUGGUUGUACGUGAAGCGAUGA